AAGGGGGGCACACGGGGGGGGGGAAUCAGACACGAACCGAAACCCGAGCACAGAUUUUUUUUUAUUAUACCUCGAGCGUCUUGACCAAAAAAAAAACACAACAACAACAAAACGACGACCAUCCGCAACCACCACCACCCCGGCCAUCGAUUCGCAACAACACCCGCCGUCGCCGUCGCCACGAUCAUGGACGCCGGGGCGAGCGGCCGCCUAAAGGAGCCGUGAGGCGGGACCCCCCGGGCCGGGGCGGGGGGGAUCGGGGGGGAAGCCUCACGGGGGUGGGAGGUGGAGGCGCCACCACCGCCACCACCGUCUUUGUGUUGUUGUUUUAGCUUGGGGGGGGGGAGAGUAGAAACCAAGCGGAGACAUGAGCAGCAAGCUGUCGUUCCGCGCCCGGGCGCUGGACGCCUCGAAGCCGCUCCCCGUGUUCCGCGCCGAGGCGCUGCCCGACCUGCAGGACGCCGUCUCCAUCAGCCGCGCCGUGCCGCAGAUGCCCACGGGCAUGGAGCGAGAGGAGGAGUCGGAGCACCACCUGCAGCGGGCGAUGUCGGCGCAGCAGGCGUACGGCGAGAAGCGCGAGAGCAUGGUGAUACCCGUGCCCGAGGCGCAGAGCAACGUGCCGUACUUCCACGAUCUCUACCCCAGCACCUACCGUCUGCCCAAGCAGCUGAUCCGCCUGCCACCGCUGAGCCUGGAGCCGGACCUGCCCGAGUAUGACUUGGACUCGGAGGACGAGGUGUUCCUGGCACGGUCCGGCCGCCGCUACCCCAUCACGCCGAUACAGCUGGAGGCCAUGGUGGAGCGCCUAGAGAAGGGCAGUGGCAUGCAGUCCGUCACGCUUGCAGAGGCUCGGCUACUGCUGCAGGAGGAGAAUGAGCUGAUAGAGGAGGUGUGGGAGUACUGGCGCAACAAGCGGCGGCGCUGCCGGGGCUGCUCGCUCAUGCCCUCGGUGCGGCAGGACCGGCGCGACGCUCCUGCCACGCCGGCCGGCAGCAACAGCAACAACCACAACCACAACCCCUACGUGGCCUUCCGCCGGCGCACGGAGAAGAUGCAGACGCGCAAGAACCGCAAGAACGAGGAGGCGUCGUACGAGCGCAUGCUGCGUCUGCGCCGCGAGCUGAGUCGCGCCGUCACCAUCCUGGAGAUGGUGAAGCGGCGCGAGGCCAACAAGCGCCAGCUCCUGCACCUCACGCUGCAGGUCGCCGUCAAGAGGUACGAGGCCGGAGACCUGAACGGGGACAUGCUCGCCGAGGUGCUGUCGCAGCGGCAGCAGGAGGCGCCUGCCCACUCCCCGGCCUCCCCGCCGACGUUGCUCAACGGGGGCAGCCCCUACCACCACGUCGACUACAAGGCGCACCGGGAGCCAGGUCAGCCUGGGCGGCCCAAGCGCAAGUACGAGCACCAGAAGCACCGCCCAGGUGCCGGCCGUGCCGCAGCAACGCCACCGGCCGCCAGCGCCGUCACCCCCGCGCCGGCCCCGACCUUCAACCUGAAGGACCUCAACCAAUACGACUUCCACAGCUCCGGCGACGAGUCCCCGGCACCGGUUCAGUCUUCGUCAUCCGACUCGGAGCAAGAGAACGGUCCCGACGGGACGUUCACCUUCCGCCGGGUCGCCGGGUGCCUCUACCACGCGCCCCGGGACGGCGAACCGAGCGGGCAGGCGGCCAGCGACGAUGACAACGGCAGAGGCGGCGCGCGUGGCUACAGCCUCACGUCGCUGUCGUCGCCGCCGCGCUGCAUGGGGCUCGCACGACGGCGCGUCGGGCGAGGCGGGAGGCUGCUCCUUGACCGCUUGCGCUCGCCGCUCGACGGCCUCCUGUGGAGGCUGAGCGCGGACGGCGGCGCAGAGGAGCGAGAGAAGCGGGAGGGGGAGGAGGAGCGGGCGGCGUUGCCGAGCCCGGCCGAGCCCGGCGCUCCCUCGCCGCACCCGGCCCUCACCGACCCGCUCAGCUGCCUCCUCGCCGACAUCCGCGCCGCGCGCUGCCCGCACUACCGCCCGCGGCACGGCGCCGCCGCCGCCGCCCACCCCGGCACCGGCAAGCGGCCACGGCACGGCGGCGGGGCGCGGCACGCGGCCACGGACCACGGAGGCUUCACGCAGGAGCAGUACGCGAGGCACCAGCAGCAAGUGGCGGACAUGCAGCGUGAGCAGAGCGCCGCCCACUCGCUGCACCAGCAGCAACAGGGCCCCUGUCUGGGGAACACUCUGGACUCGGCCGGCGCCCUCUUCGCCGUCACGGCGCUGCUGGGCCCCACCGACGCACUGCCGCUAGCGUCGGGCGGCGGCGCCGCAGCGGUCACCGGCGCCCUCUCUCCAGCGCGCGCCGGCACCUUGGCGGGCACGGUGCCUCUCCCCGCCAGCCUCGCCAACUGCCUCCCGGUGGGCCCCGGGGCCUCGGUGGCGCUGGGCGGCGGAGGGCCGUCGGCGCAACAGCCCACGGCGCUGGCGGCCGUGCGACACGUGGGCCCGAUGCACCAGCAUCAGCUCGCCGGCGCGGGCGGCGCCAUCCCACAGCAGCCGACGACCGUGGCCGCGCUGCAGCACCAGCAGCAGUUGCAGCAGCAGCAGCAGCAGUUACAACACCAUCAGCAGCAGUUACAGCACCAGCAACAGUUACAGCAGCAUCAGUUGCAGCAGCAACUGCAGCAACCGGGCACGAUGGCGCAAACGGGAAGCUGCAUCCCGGCGCAGCCGCUGGUGCGGGCCGCCAUGGCGACGCACGCCGUCGGCAGCGGCGUGGCGAUGGCUCACGUCGCGAGCAAGGCCGCCGCGGUCGUGGCGUCGGCGGCGCAACCGGUGUACGCGAGGACGGCGACGGUGCAGCUCUCCGGCGUCCGGCCCCUCGCGGCCGUGCCGGCGCAGCACGCGCCGCGGCCUCACCACGCCCGCCCGGCGCCCGUGCCGGUGCCCGUGUCGGCGCCGGCGCCCUGCUCGCGCCCGGCCGGCUGCUCCUCGCCGCUGCCCGGCGGCGGCGCUCCCCUGCACGCGCACGCGGCGCCGCGGCCUCCGCACGGAGCGGCGGCGGCGGCACCGCCGCCUCGGGCGCUGGCGGUGGCGCCGGCGCCGUCGCCGGGGGCGUUGAAACUCGCCAUGGCGGCACGGGAGAGCCACGAGGCCGACCUCGGCUCCCUGAGCAGCCUCGCCGACAAGCCUGCCCCCAUGGAGGUGACGUGACCUCUGACCGGGUCGCCGCACCUCACCCCCCCCACCACCAACCCUGCGACCUCCCGGAGUUGCGGGGGGGGAGGGAGGACGCCAGCCAAUGACAGCGCACUGCCGCGCCACCGGCCCCGCCCGCCUCCUUCGCCCGCAUCGCUGCCACCCAGGCCACCGGGCCUAGCGACUUGGUCAACGCCACAAAACCACUAAGCCACACCGACCGCCGCUCGGGAUUUACAGCCAAUCGGGGCGGCCCUGUGAAUCGCUUAGCGUGGCUGGGGCGCGCCCCCCCCCCUCACACUUGAGCCGGACCGUACGACUGGAAUUGGACUCUGCACACCGAGACGAAUCCAGAUCUGGAACCAGACCGAGAUGGCAUUAAAGACGUGCGAGGAGCAGAGGUCGUGAUGAUGGAAUGAAUAUAAAAGUCUUUAGUAGGGGCACUGCCUCGAAUCCAGCCUUUGAUAUUCGUUUGAACCUCUUUUUCGUUUUGCUCCUGGACAGGUCCUCUUUUAUUUCAAUUUGUUGUCGUUUGGUUUGGGUUCGGUGGGUGACAUUUUGCCCACACAAUCUUAUUGUUGCGGAUUGUGAAAGACUUCCUGGAGAUGGCUCCCAUUCCGGUUUCUGCGUUCCCGGGGUUCCAGAUUCUGGGUUCUUGCUCAGUGGAAAUUCACCUUCCCCGCGCUCGGCUGCGACGUGGUUUAUUUUUGUCCGGGCUGCGUGGGAGAGCGGCCUCUGCCGCCCGCCCGCCCGCACCUUCGCCCGUCUCGUCUGUACGGACGCGCGCAGAUUUCACACGGGAACGCGCUCGCCUUUGUAAUAUUGUGUACAUAUAUAAAUGUAGAAAAUAUAAACAAACCGAUUCAUCCGUUCGUUGGUAACUUGAAAUUCGGAAACCUCAGCCUGUUAUGCUUUGCACUUGAAACACGUUGGGUUUGGAGAGUGGGUGGGGGGGUGGAGAUUGAGACACGGCCAAGUGUGAGCGGGAGGGGGGCGUAGGCUGGGGAGGGUACUAAGGUGGGGGGGGGGGGGGGUCUGUGAGGUCACCUUGGUGGGGGAAUCAGCUGAUGGGGGAUGCAUGAGGGACUGCAGCAGGGAAUAUGGAUGGCGAAUCAAGUGCGGCUUUGCACCCCCCUCGCUCCCCACCGCCACCAACAACCCCACUUCCUCAUCGCCGCCAUCGCCACCGCUGGUUUCUCGUGGGGGGAGGGGAGGGGGUGUUAAUCUAUUUAUUGUACCGUGUUUACGAGAUUUCUAGUCCCUUUAUUUUUGUUCUUUUUGUAUCUUUUAAUAAUGGGUUUGCUGUAGUGACGUCGCCCGAGGAGGGGGGUGGUGGGAGGGGGGGGGGGGCCCUGCAGGUCUCUUCGCUGCUCCUUGUAAAUUGUAAGGUAAAAAAAGGAUUCAAAAACAAGAAGAAGAAAAAAAACUAAUGUUUCUCAAAAAAAGUUUCUUCUGUCAUCAUUAUUAUUGACAUUCUUAUUUUGGGCCUAACAACAUGUUUAAUGGUUUAUCAUGGCACAGAGGCUGCGACGCAACACAACACACACACAAAUGUAUAGAGAUGUAUAGAAUUAUAUGGUUGUAUAUGUAUAUGCGAACCUAGGGUGAAAGAAGAGCAGAUCUAUUUUGUACGGGGUGUGGCUAUAGCCAUCUCGCACUCCACCCUCACACACACACUGCGGGUGCUCAGCUCGGCUGCUCUGUGGGUACCUCUUUAACCCCUGACCCCCGGGUAGCCAUGCCAGCCACCUCAUACCCCACUGCCAACCUCUCUCUGCCCCCUUCCCUCAACUCUCCCCCUGUCCCUUUACCCAUCACCCUCAGUCCUCGCUGUAAAUUCGGGGGGGGGUCAAUACUGAACGAUCGGUUGCGCUAAUAACCCAAAGUCGAGAGUCGUCGGAUCGUGCCGCAUCGCUCCUGCGAGCGGCCGCUCCCAGUUGGCCACCAGAGCACGUCCACGCGGCGCCGAGAGAUUUCAUUGGCAUGCCACCAAAUUGCGCAACUGGUCGCUCAGGGCGUGGGGCGGGGAGGAAUUGCGUGCGUCUCCCGAUAAGCUGAUUGCGACAGGUUUUUUUUAUCUCUCUCCAAAAGGGCGUUUCGCGUUGCGAUUUAAACAAAAGUGAAACAUC